AUGUCGCAGGUCGGCGUGUCAUCCUGGUCGGCGACCGCGCAAGGCCGCAGAAAUCCGAUGACCUCAGCUGCCAUGGAUCUACGAAACUUAGUGGAUAGACUGCGUGGAAUAGGAUUUGAGAAAAAUGGGAAAGUACUCAAAUCGGAGGAAGGGGGCAAAGAAGCGGAGAAAAUGGAAAAGCACUGUAGGCCAAGACCCACAAAGGGUUGUAGCGUCACAGGAAGUAAGAACAAAAAACUAUUUCUUCCAGCUAUACAGUGCAGUGGCAACGAAGUGUUCUCUUCAUGCACCAACGGGGGCUGUGAUGCCCGCAACUGUAGUCAGCUUGGGAAGCCCGUACCCUGUGUUAAGUUGCGAGCAGACAGCUGCAUCAAGGGAUGUCUAUGCAAACCGGGAUAUUUGAGAGCGGCAAGCGGAAAGUGUGUGGAAGAGGCAGAAUGUCAUAAGGAACGCUGUACGGGCCCUCACGAGUACUACUCAUGCGGCGGCGCGUGCGACAACGUCUGUGCAACGUUACACGAACAAAGUCAGAACAACUGCCCUAUAAGGAACAUUAGGUGUAACGAUAUGUGUUACUGCGAGGAAGGGUAUGCAAGAGACGGGAACGGCAUAUGUGUUCCUAUAGAAUCUUGUCAACAAUAGCUACCUACAUUCACAUCUGCUCAAUAUUACACGAACAAAGUCAGAACAUCUGCCCUAUAAGGAACAUUAGCUGUAACGAUGUGUGUUACUGUGUAUGCAAGAGACGGGAAGGCAUAUGUGUUCCUAUAGAAUUAUGUCAACAAUAACUACCUAGAUUCAUGUCUGCUCAACGUUACACGAACUUAGCCAGAAGAAUUGGCCUAUAUAAGGAACAUUCUGGUGUACCUAACGAAGUGUGUUACUGCAAGAAAGGGUAUGCAUAAAGGUAGAUAUGAGAAGAUGGGAAAGGCAUAUGUGUUCCUAGUAUAUUUAAUUUUUUAAGUAAAAUAAAAUAUCAUACCUGUC